CACAGGGACACAUGGGUGGUAUGCGGCCUUCCAGAGCCCACGUCCACAAGCUCAACGAGGGCAUUAUGUGCCACGGGGGUAGCACCAUCCACGCUUAGCAUUCUGCUCUGGUCUGGGCUGCACAUACUGUUACUAUCACACCCAAGGCUUGGCGAGCAGGGUGUGCUGCAUGAGUGUGCGAUGCGUUGUGUCGAGUGAACCCCAAAAUACACCACCUCAUCCGGGUCAGGUAGACAACCUUCUCCCCAAUGGGCAACACCAGCAUCACCGAAGGGAAGACUGCUCUCUCCCUGGGCAACACCAAGAUCAAGAGGGACAAGACCAAGAUUGCCAUGGGCAAUUCCUCCAUCACCAGGGGCAAGAAAACCACCUCUCUAGGCGCCUCCACCAUCACCAGCGGGAAGACCAAGAUUGCCCUGGGCAGUGCCUCCUUCAGCAGGGGCACCACCACCACAUCUUUCCGGAAAGCAUUCUUUCCAAAGCGCAAGACCCUCUAGAUGACACGGGGUCUCAGUACUGGGUGUGGGGGACAGGCAGCAAUAUCACCAACAUCAAAAGACAAAACUCUACUGUCACAGGGGAACUACGGACAUCGUUACAACAUCUGCAAAGGGGUAUCCAAAUUGACUUCUAAAAUAUUGGAUUAUAUAACUUUUGGAGCUUUAAUUUUUUUUAUCCUGCAGGAUUUACCACUGAAACA